AUGUUUGAAAUCUCGAGCUUGGAUCCAUAUAUGUCAAACCUGGCUUUCUGCACCGCUGGAAAAGAGUCGUCUGACAUUGAAAGGCAUUCAAGUUCAGUGCCUGCUCCUCCUUUCCCUCAGAUAUACCAGGUAGGACCGGAUCUUGUGUGGAUCUCUAUGGGCUCACUCAUGAGGAUGGCUAUGUAUAUGGGCCUGCAUCAAGAUCCAAACAACUUUGGACACAUGACUGUGAAGGACAAGGAAAUUCGAAGACGACUGUGGUAUACUAUUCUGGAAUUCAAUGUGCAAGCGGCAUUGGAUUCGGGUAUAUCUCCGAUGAUUCAGGAAUCGGACUACAAUACACAACCGCCAUAUAAUGUGAGCGAUGAUGAUGUCGAGAACGCAGUUCAAGAAGACUUUAUCCCUAAAAAUUCGACCACGAUUCUUCUACCGUCCCUGCUAGCAAAAUCCCUUCCACUUAGACUAGGAGUCGCUAGGAUCAUCAACAGUCUGCAGGAGGAGACUUCAUACGAUCACAUUCUAGUCAUUGGCAACGAGUUAGCCGCAAUUUGUCGUAACCUCACCGCUGCUGUUGAUACAAAUCCCUCUAUGAGCGACGCGUACCCUACAAUUCAAUUCGCGCAAAACUAUUGCAGUCACCUCCUUCGUCGCUUUUCUCUGUGUCUUCAUUUCCGAUAUGCCAUCAAAGCCAAGAAAAACGCGCCUUACAGUCACUCUCAAAAAGUCUGCCUUGAAGCCGCACUAGACCUUGCUGCGCUUCUCGAAGAUAGGCUCUACAGUCGUUUACUUGUCACUGGGGGUGGUAUGUUUCGUGAUAUCAUUACUCGAGGCGCAUUGCUCAUUUUCUUGGAAUUGGCACCGGACCCUGAAAUAGAGACAUCGAAUUCGGCGAAAAGAAGGAGUCACGCUCGCCAGAGCGUUCUGCUCGAGGAUGCACGUCGUGUGGUACAAUACGCCGAGGAUAGAAUGCGACACGGCGAAACUAAUGUGAAGGGCUACGAGUUUCUUCGCAUGAUGCUGGUCCAAGCUGAAGGUCGGUUCAGUGGCUUGCUAACGGAUGGGGAUCUUCCCAAGUCUCUAAAUGAUGGGCUAGACACAUGCCAUGAGAUCUUAUAA